CGCUUUUGUACUUCCUAACCUAAUUCCAAGUGCGUACAUGGAUAGUAGUCUGAUUAAUAAAACAAAUCAAAAAUAUUCCUGUAAACUAGUGUUUGCAUUAUAGGACGACAUGCCAAAACAUAGAAAAAGCCAAGUAUGGGAGUUUUUCACCCGAUGUAAUAAUCAAAACUGUAAGUGUAAUUUAUGCGGAAGAAUUUACAAAACUGGUGGUGGGACCACAAACCUAAAUAAUCACCUUAUUCGAAAACACCCAAAAGUCAAUGCUAUUAAUUUCAAAAAACAUGUCGCAGAUGAAGCCAGAGUGAACAAGAAACCAAGGAUCGACUUUGAUUUGACAAACUCAACGCCUUCAACGUCUCAUAGCAAUGCAGAAGGAGGAGAUGCAGCGAAGGAGAUUGAAAAUGAAGCCCUAGACUCUCAGCAUGAGGACAGUGAUGACAGUUUUGAAGAGAAUUUAAUAGAAGUUCAUAGUAUCGGGAGUGCCAGUACCAUUACUGCAAGCAGUACAAGCAACAUAAACUAUAAUGGUAGUAACAGCUCGCAUCUCUCUCAACCUAGUAUUCACCAGAUUUUUAAUGCACAAAGAUGUUAUGAAUCUGGAGGGUCAAAAGAAGCAAUGUUAACCCAAGCUUUAAUCUUCAUGAUAUGCAAAGACAAUUAUCCAUUGCAAUGUACUGAAAAAGAAGGUCUCAAAAGGCUUUUAAAAGUAGCAGUGCCGUUAUAUCAUGUUCCAAGUAGGAGUACAAUUACAAAAUAUGUUGAACAGAAGUACAACAGCCUGCAAAUAUUUGUUAGCAAAAAAUUGCAACAAGCUCACCAUCUUGCCUUAACAACAGACAUUGCAACAGUGAUCAAUGCGACAAGAAGUUUUAUAGUUUUAACUGCCCAUUUUAUCAGUAAGAUGAAUUAUUUUGUUUCUUUUUUCAUUUAAAGAUUUUAAUUGAUAGAUGA